CCUUACUUAUUUCUAUAUAUUGAUGGAUACUAUUUUGAUGAUGAUUAUGCUAUCAUUUCAGUAGUUAAAGGACGGUGUCUGCAAUUCGUUAAAACUGAAAGUACGUAAAAUGCAAUCUAGUCUUAAUCGUAAACCAAAAUGCUUCAUGAACUUCUGAGCACACCGGAAAAAAUGGUACCGGACCCUUGUCGGAUACACGUGAUCAAAACCAACACCGAGAACCGGUACCACCUCAACAAUCUCAUAAACCUCUACUUCAAAUCCCACCUUGUAACCGAUGUCGUUCGUCUCUUCCACCAAAUCCCAUCACCCAACGUCGUCUCAUGGACCACCCUCAUCUCCGCCCACUCCGGCACCCCUGCCGCCCUCACCCACUUCAUCUCCAUGCUCCGUCACCCCACUCUCCCAAACCAGCGCACGUUAGCCAUUCUUUUCAAAACCUGCGCCACCCUCCGUUGUUUCCCCUUUGGUCUCCAGCUUCACGCCCUCUCAAUCAAGCUCUCCAUCGCCGCGCAACCCUUUUCCGGUUCUGCCCUUAUUCACUUUUACUCUAAAUCUCAAUUUUCGUACAAUGCCCGCAAGAUGUUCGAUGAAAUGCCUCGGAGACCCGGUUUGUUUUUUGUCGGUUAUUGUCGGGUUUGUGCAGAACUCUAGACCGGUUGAUGCUUUGUUGUACUUUUGUGAGAUGAGAGCUUGUGGUUUCGGGUCUACGGAGUAUAGUGUGUCAGGUGCAUUGCGUGCGUCGGCGGAACUAGCUCGUUUGGAACAGUGUAGGAUGGUUCAUGCGCAUUCGUUUGUUAACGGGCUUGACUUGAAUGUGGUAGUAGGGACUGGGCUGGUUGAUGGGUAUGGGAAAUAUGGGAUGGUAGACGAAGCACGUUUGGUGUUUGAUGGGAUUGUGUCGGUUAUGAAUGUUGUAGGGUGGAAUGCAUUGAUCUCUAACUAUGCACAAGGGGAUAAUGAUUCGGUUUUGGAGCUUUAUUCGAUGAUGGAGUUUCGAGGUCUUGUGCCGGAUGAAUAUAGUUUUUUAUCGGUCAUGACGGCUUUUUGCAACAAGGGUUUAACCGAUGAGACAGAACAUUGGUUCAGAAAGAUGAAACUAGAGUAUAAAUUAGAACCGUGGGCUGAGCAUUACACGUGUUUGGUGGGUGCGAUGGGUCGAGUUGGGAGGUUAGAAGAAGUGAAAAACAUCGCUUUGACGAUGCCGAAUCGUAAAGCCGAUGCUGCAAUGUGGAGAUCUUUGCUAUCGGUCAGUGCACAUCAUGUAAACUGGAUUUGCACAUGUGAGAAUCUGCGACGGAGUGGGUUCAUAUCUUUAACUAUGUGGUCGGCUUUAAAAGUUCUCACUUACUUGUCUCACAGCCAAGGCAUGACAGGCUCUGGGCUACAUGAAGCGUGUUAAACACUUAAUCUCCACAAUGGCCAUGAUAAGAUAAACUAGACUGCUAUGGUUGUAAAACAAGGUUUCCAAGGCCGAGUACUCCCCGAGUAGUCGCUACAAGGUAGGCUGCCGAGGCGACUUUCUUCGACUCUGCCUAAUUACUCAGAGUCGGUCAAACGCGGUCAACCUUGGCCAGA